AUGUUUUUCCACCAAUACCGGUCUGUCUCCGCCGCGCUACUGUUAAUAUCUCAAAUCGCCAGCAUAUCCUUCGCUUUCAAAUUUACUCCUACCGGACAGACUGUGCAGUUGGACGGAGCAUCCUAUUAUAUUCCUCCUGAUGUUGUGUCAACUAUCAGUGUCUCGAAGCCUCUGAAGAGAGCUUUGGAAAACGCUGGUGGAUUGCUUCCCUUUACUGUUGUCCAUGCCGAUUCGUUCGGAUAUGGCGAGAGAGAUUUCAGCAAAGAUGUCGCUUCUUAUAUCUCUUCAGACGAUGUCUUCAACAAAGGAUUUCUGGAAGCGGUCUAUGUGCAGUAUUCAGGCACAUCUGGUCACAGAUACCCAGGCUUCUCGGCGCCGAAACUGUCCGGAAAUGAUAGUGUCAGUGUAGUGAUUCCUGGAUUUGCCUCCAACACUUCAUCCAUCCCCCCCGGCCCGUACUUCGUAUCUUCGACUGGUGCUGUUCACGAAGCCUGGAGACUCUACAGUGAUUUCCAAGGCGCUUUCUUGGAAACUACUAUCGCCAACAAGAAUGGUACUUUCUCGGUAUUGCCCGCCAAUGUCGAAGGUCAAUCUCUGGCGAUUGCGGUGCCGUCUCGCUUGUACUUCACAAAAACAGCUGCAAAACCACUUGCAGGUGUCCGUCUAGGUAUCAAGGACAUCUAUGAUAUUGCUGGUCUGAGAACUUCCAAUGGUAACAGAGCAUGGUACCAUUUCUACCCACCAGCAAACCAGACAGCGCUCGCUGUUCAGCGCCUCAUUGACGCUGGUGCUAUCAUUGUCGGCAAGAUGAAGACUUCGCAGUUUGCCAACGGAGAAGUCGCAACAGCUGACUGGGUUGAUUACCAUGAACCCUUCAACCCUCGCGGUGAUGGCUAUCAAGACACCUCGUCGUCCUCUAGCGGACCUGGUGCCGGUGCAGCAGCAUACGACUGGCUGGAUUUGACGCUGGGCUCCGACACUGGCGGUAGCAUCAGAAACCCCUCGCAAGUGCAAGGUCUCUUCGGUAACAGACCUACAUGGGGCAUGGUCUCGCUUGAAGGAGUCAUGCCCAUGGCUCCUCAGAUGGACACUGCAGGCUUCUUGACAAGACAUCCCGACAUCUGGGUUGCUGCCUCUCAAGUGUUGUAUGGAGACAAUGUCACUCUCUCGCACAGAUAUCCUUCCAAAAUUCAGACGAUAAAUUGGCCUACAUCUAACAGUUCUGAAGCUGAUGGUCUUCUUCUUUCCUUCCUCGACAAGUUGACAACCUUCCUCAAUGCCACCUCUACCAACCUAAAUCUGACACAGCAAUGGUCUGAAACCCACCCCUCGAAUGUCACAUCCUCGCUCAUCGAUUUGAUGAACAUCACCUAUCCCAUUCUGAUCGGCCAACAAACGUCCUCAGUUCGCGACCCCUUCUACGCUGACUACUCCGCGGCAAACUCAGGGCGUCUCCCCUUCGUGAACCCUGUACCACUUGCUCGUUGGGGCUGGGCGGCGUCUUUCCCUCCAUCCACAAUUGACGAUGCGGUAACAAACAAAACAACCUUCGGCAAUUGGAUCGAGGAAACGGUAUUCGUAGCCAACAAGCAGACUUGCAGCGAUAGCCUAGGCAUCUACGUAGGCAAUUCAGGAACCACCACCUACAGAAAUGCCUAUCGCAGUCNNCCCCCUGGAAUACCCACAGGGUUCUCCACCAGCAGAAUCUCUAUCUUUUCUGGCGUGCCUGACUUUGUGUUGCCCAUUGGACAGGCAGCAUACAAGUCAAACAUCACGUUGCAGACUGAGUAUCUGCCAGUCAGUGUUGAUAUCCUGGCGGCCAAAGGUUGCGAUGGCAUGAUCUUCGGUUUGGUGCAGGAUUUGGUCAAGGCUGGCGUGCUGAAAGCGACGAAGGCUGGAUACAGUGCUACUACCGGCGAGCAGAUCCUCUUUUAG